CAUGUGUUUACUGUGAGUGCCUACCAAGGCCUGGUCCUGCCUGAGGCCCUGCAAGACUUCUUCAGCCAAACUUUGACCCAAGUUCUGACCUACAACCCUCAGCUCAAAGUUUCCGAUGCCAUUCCUCUCCAGAGAGAGUGGAGCUUUGCUCGGACAAAUGCGGUGCUCGCCUUGCUCUACCGCAAAUUGUUUGUGCCCUUCAAGCCGGAGGAGUUGGUCCGCCAUUUGCAGCACGUCCUGGAGACGAGCGAAGUCAACUGGCAUCACGUCCUCUCCUGCGUUUCCACGCUGCUGGUCUGCCAGUCGGGAGCCGCACCACUGAUUAAAGACUUCCUGAGCCAUCUGCUGAAGAAAGGCUUUGAGGACUAUGACUUGGAAAGCAUGAUGACGGCGUUCCUGAUCGCGCGCCAGGCUGGCCUGGAGGGUCCUGCCGUUUUCAUGCCUUACGCAGAAUGGUUUAAGCUUCAGUACGUCGUGCCCCUUCUUUGCUCGGAAGCCCGAAAUACAAGCUGGGAAGGCAGCAUGGAUGAUGACCUUCCAUGGAAAACAUUAUCCCGCCCCAGCUUCUGCUACUCAAAAGCUGCCUUGUGCUUAUGGAAGCAUCCCCUUUUCAAAGAACUAUUGUGGGAAAAAGCCUUCCAGCUGACUCUCCAAGAAUGGCUUCUGAUGGAACUGGCAGUCUGUCCCGACGAAGACGUUCUUUCUGCCGUUGAGAGGCAGGACUUCCAUUACUGGGCUCUGUACCAGCACUUUCUUCCUCUGUCUGUCGCUGCUGGCGGCUGCGAGGGAGACCUAAGAGAGGCCUGCGCCGUUCUCCUUGACGCCGUCUUGGAUUUCGGACAGAGGGGCUCAGUGAUACACACAUCAAGGUCUGAGUUGGGAAAGUGUAACCAUCCAAAUAAUCCCAAACGUUCCACAUUCCAGAGGAGAGGGAACCCCGAUAUCUACGCCAGAUUGCAGGAGAUGCUGCUGGAGCUGGAGCUGGAGCGCAGGAGAGCCUGGCCUGUGUCCGGUGGCGGCAAAGAGGAGCUCCUCUUGUUCCGGGUUUUCCAGAAGAGGCUCAAAGGGUUGAAGAGCGGGGAAGAAAUGCACCGGCAGCAAGAACUGUUCCUUCAAACCAGGUGAAGUCACGCAGUCUGCGAGGGACACCGAGGCCCCAUCUCCACUGUUUAUUUUACCUGUUUGAGGAUGUUGUUUACAUAUGUACUGCUUGUUCUUUGGGCUUGUCCCCAUGUUAGCCGCCCCAAGUCCCUGCAGGGAGAUGGAGGCGGGAUAGAAAAAUAAAGUAUUUUUAGUAUCAGAAGUGACUUGAGAAACUGCAAGUCGCUUCUGGUGUGAGAGAAUUGGCUGUCUGCAAGGACGUUGCCCAGAGGACGCCUGGAUGUUUGAUGUUUUUACCAUCAUUGUGGGGGUUACUCUGGAUUACAACAACAAC